AUGGGUAAAACAUCAGUAUCAAAAGAAAUCAAAGAAAGAAUUAUCACCUUGCACCUUGCUGGUAAUUCUACAAGAAAAGUUCAGUUGAUUCUCAAGAACGUAUCACAGUCAUGUGUCACUAAAACAAUAGCUAAGUGGAAAAAAACAGGUAGCACAUUAGAUAAAAUCAGAUCCGGAAGACCCAGAAAAACAACUACCACUGAUGAUAAUAGUAUAUACAGAAUUGCCAGAAAAAAUCCUAAGUAUAGUGCCAAACAAAUUGCUCAAGAAAUAAAUCUAGCUCUUAAAAAUGACAUGUCAAGGCAGACAGUAAAUAGAAGAUUAAUUGAUCGUAAACUAUGCUCGUAUACUGCUGCUAGAAACCAAUGCUUAAAAGAUCAGAUCGACUCAAACGGCUACAAUUUUGCAAGAAAAUUCUUAAGAUGA